AUGCAUUUCGAUUGUAACUCAUCAUCAUCAACUUCUAGCUGUAAUUAUCCAUCAAUAUUUGUUCAAUACGUUUUCGGAGCCUUGGAAAAGGUGCAUGUAAGUUCAGAAUCUUCAGAUAUCUCAAGAGUUGAAGGCGGAAGAGAAGUUGAAGAUUUAUGGGAAUUAAUUUUUGUGAGUUUAGCUGCAUGUUUAACUGAUGAUGCUUUGAAUGUAAAUUUACUUUCACUUCAAAGUGACAUUGAGCCGAGGACAUCAUAA